CGGAGCUCUGCGGAUUCGCAUCUCCGCUUUCCCCUGAUUUAGACCGAGGAAAAGAGGUCCACGCAGGCGCUGCCGGGAUUUGGUUUCCUUCCCCUGUGACCAAACUCUUCCCGCAUUUGGUUCUAAUACAAACGUAAACUUUUUUUUUUCCUCUGCGGAGGGAAGUUGUGGAGGGAAUGAGGAGCAGGGGAAACCUACCGUGACUUUUUUUCGGAGGAGAAAGUGGCCCCCCGGUGCCAACGAAGCAGAUAGUUGCUGCCGCUGUCUGUUUGCGCUGCGGCGGACCGGAUCAUCACUUGGAGCUGAGGGACAAAAAGCUAGCUCACUUCUUCUGUAUGCUGCCUCGGAAAUAACACCACAGCGACAAGAUGGACCUGAAGCUGCUCUUGAUUACCGCAUUGCUAGGAGUCUUUUGUUGCGGUAAUGCUCAGAAAGAGGGGAACGAGUGCAUCAAUGCCAACGCAAAGUACUGCGGCGAGUGCAUCCAGGCCGGAGCCAAAUGUGGCUGGUGUAAAGACCCGAACUUCCUGAAACAGGGUGAGACCGUGUCGACCCGCUGUGACGAGCUGCAGUCUCUGAUAAGAAGGGGCUGUGCCGAUGCGAUGAUCGAGAACCCGCACGGGGAACAGAAGACCCUCAACGACAAAAUGGUGACACAUCGCAGAAAGGGAUCAGAGAAACUGAAGCCGGAGGACAUCACUCAGAUCCAGCCCCAGAAACUCAGCCUCACCCUCAGAUCUGGUGAGCCACAGUCUUUCAACUUGAAGUUCAAACGAGCAGAAGAUUAUCCCAUCGACCUGUACUACUUGAUGGACCUGUCCUACUCCAUGAAGGAUGAUCUGGAAAACGUCAAGAACCUGGGAACAAGUCUCAUGCUGGAGAUGUCAAAGAUCACUUCUGACUUCAGGAUAGGUUUCGGUUCCUUUGUGGAGAAGACGGUCAUGCCAUACAUCAGCACCACCCCUGCCAAGCUGCUGAACCCAUGCACAGGUGACCAGAACUGCACCAGCCCGUUCAGCUACAAGAACGUCCUGAAGCUGACCAGCGACGGCAAGAAGUUCAACACCCUGGUGGGCCAGCAGCACAUCUCUGGAAACCUGGACUCUCCUGAGGGGGGGUUCGAUGCCAUCAUGCAAGUGGCUGUGUGUGGGGAUCAUAUUGGUUGGAGGAAUGUGACUCGUCUGCUGGUGUUCUCCACUGACGCCGGCUUCCACUUUGCUGGCGAUGGCAAGCUGGGAGGCAUUGUUCUGCCCAAUGAUGGAAAAUGUCACUUGGAGAACAACGCGUACACCAUGAGCCACUACUAUGAUUAUCCCUCCAUCGCUCACCUGGUUCAGAAGCUGAGCGACAACAACAUUCAGACCAUUUUUGCAGUGACUGAGGAGUUCCAGCCUGUUUACCAGGAGCUGAAGAAUCUGAUACCAAAGUCUGCAGUGGGCACUCUGUCUGCCAAUUCAAGCAAUGUAAUCAACCUUAUUAUAGACGCUUACAAUUCUCUCUCGUCCGAGGUUAUUCUGGAGAACAGUAAGCUUCCAGAGGGAGUGACCAUAGCGUACACGUCCCGCUGUAAGAAUGGAGUGGUUAGCGAGGGCGAAAGUGGACGGAGGUGCUCCAACAUCUCCAUCGGAGAUGAGGUCAUGUUCAGCAUCAGUGUGACGUCUAAGGGCUGUCCGAAACAAGGCAAGCCUGAGACCAUCAAGAUAAAGCCCCUGGGAUUUACAGAGGAGGUGGAGAUUAUCCUCAAAUUCAUCUGCGAGUGCGAAUGCAACAAGGACGGCAUCAAGAACAGUCCGCUCUGUCACUUCGGUAACGGGACCUACGAGUGUGGAGCCUGCAAGUGUAAUGAGGGCCGAGUGGGCAGAAAGUGUGAAUGCAGCAGCAACGAUGUGGCCACAGAGGACAUGGACAGGACCUGCCGUAAGGACAACGGCACCGACAUCUGCAGCAACAACGGCGACUGUGUGUGCGGCACAUGCGAGUGCAAGAAGAGGGAAAACCCCGAGGAGAGGUACAGCGGCCUGUACUGCGAGUGCGACAACUUCAACUGUGACCGCUCUGGAAACAAACUGUGCGGAGGGCAUGGCUGCUGUGAGUGCAGAGUGUGUGUCUGUGACCCCAUGUGGACCGGAAGCGCCUGUGAUUGCUCUCUGGACAACAGCACAUGUAUGGCGAGCAACAAGCAGAUCUGUAACGGCAGAGGAAUGUGCGAAUGUGGCACCUGCAAGUGCACUGACCCCAAAUUCCAGGGUCCCACCUGUGAGACUUGUCCUACCUGUCCAGGAGUCUGCACUGAACACAAAGAGUGCGUCCAGUGCCGGGCGUUCGGCACCGGUGAGAAGAAGGACACGUGUGAGAGGGACUGCAGCUACUUCAACCUGAUCAAGGUGAAGGAGAGGGACAAGCUGCCCCAGCCCAACGACGCCUCCUACCCCGUGAUGCACUGCAAGGAGAGGGACGCCAAUGACUGCUGGUUCUACUACACCUACGCCGUCAACAACAACACGGAGAAGGAGGUCCAUGUGGUCGACUUGCUGGACUGCCCGGCUGGCCCUGACAUCAUCCCCAUCGUGGCGGGCGUGGUCGCCGGCAUCGUCCUGAUUGGCUUGGCCCUGCUGCUCAUCUGGAAGCUGCUGAUGAUCAUCCACGACAGGCGAGAGUUCGCCAAGUUUGAGAAGGAGAAGAUGAACGCCAAAUGGGACACGCAAGAAAAUCCAAUAUACAAGAGUCCUGUCAAUCAGUUCCAGAACCCACAAUAUGGACGUAAAGCUGAUGCCCUUUAAGGUGAAAAUCCCAUCUACAAAAGUGCUGUCACGACUGUGGUCAAUCCCAAAUAUGAAGGAAAA